AUGGUGCUCACAGGCCAGGCCCUCACACCCGCUAAUGUUUUUAUGCUGCUGUCGUUCAUGGGUUUUCUAAAACUUGGUGGCAUGAAGAAUGUGAUAUAUGGUUUCCUGAAAACAUAUGACGCGUACGUUUCACUCGAAAGAAUCGAAGAAUUUCUUCUUUUAGAAAAUUUAUUGGAGGGUGAUGAAAGUAAGAAACAACAACAAAAGGCCGAGAGUAUCUCCACUAGAAAAAGUAGCGGCUUCUCGAGAAAAGAAGCCGAAAAGGUGGAGAACAUUUCACUCUCUUGUGAAGCAACAGAAUUAGGGCCAACUGAUCUUUGUGUGUCAAAUUUAACCUGCGCAAAAAACCAUCGUGAAGCCGAAUUUCUUCUUCAGGGUAUCAACUUUGUUGCACCUUCAAAUAGUUUAACAGCAAUCACCGGGCCGGUUGGAAGUGGUAAGUCUACUCUGCUCUCAGCGAUCGCUGGUGAAAUUUCCGACACUAGUGGGACGAUUUUUUAUCGAGGUAGUGUCAUUUACUUGCCUCAGACUGCUUGGGUGUUCUCGGGAACAAUAAAAGAAAACAUGCUCUUUGGCCAGCCCUUCGCGGAGUCCAAGUACGAAAGAAUAAUCGAGGUCUGUGCUCUGAAAGAAGACUUUCAGCGGUUACCUGAUGGUGACCAAACAGUUGUUGGAGAACACGGCGAGGUUCUGAGUGGAGGACAACAGGCAAGAGUAAGUUUGGCUCGUGCAGUUUAUGCCGACGGAGAUUUUUAUUUGUUGGAUGACCCACUAAGUGCUAUCGAUUUCAAAGUUGGCCAACACAUCUUUAACAAGUGCAUCAAAGAUCUGCUGGCUGAUAAAAUUGUUCUGCUAACUUCUCAUCAGCAACAGCACUUGGAAAAUGCCGAUGAAGUGAUUGUGUUGAAUAAAGGGUGCGUCCUGGACAAGGGAUGUUUUAUUGAGCUGCACGAAAAAGGUGUCAUCAGUGCAACUGUUGACCCGCUCUAUAAAGCAACUUUGAAGGACAAAACAGAAUCAUCUGAGACGUUUGCCUGGGAGGAUACUGAGAAACACGAUGAUGCUGAAAAAUGCCAGAAAAUAAGUCCCCUGCCUAAUGAAGCGAGGAGUUUGGAAAUAGCAAAGGAGGAUCGUACAAUCGGAGUUGUGACAUCCAAGCUAUACUGGGACUACUUCAGAAGUGGAAUACAUCCUUUGAUGAUAACUGGAAUGGUUGUUUUAAUUCUCAUUACUCAAGGUAAACUUAUUGUUAUACUGAGUUACUAG